CACGCAAGUGUUCAGAGCUAGCUCCUCCCACUUCCUGUACACCUGCAUAUAAGCACACCUGUAGCUCAGCAGCACAGAGCCUCCUAGAUUCUCCUGGAUCCCACUGUGCCUCUAGCUGAAGAAAACCCUGCCACCCAUUAUGGCCUCCAGCAUGUCGGUGAGGAGUUACUCCAUGAGCCGUCAGCCCUCCUUUUCCAGUCGUUCUCUGAUGGAAACUGGGCGUGCACGCUCCCGUGCUUCGGUGUCUUUCGCCUCAGCCAGCCCGCUGGGCCGCUCAGCCUCUAUCAGCCAGGACCUCAACGGGCCAAUGAGCCUGCAACUUAACGGAGUGCAUGGCAACAGCACCAACGACAAGGAAGCCAUGCAGAGUCUCAACAGCCGUCUGGCCAACUACCUGGACAAGGUGCGUUCACUGGAGCGCUCCAAUGCUGACCUUGAGAUGAAGAUCAAGCAGCUGAUGAUAGACCGCAUUCCCAAAGGUCAUGACCUUGAUUCCAUGAUGGCCCAAGCUCAUGCUGUCGAGCAAGAGGUGAGGAAGAAGACCUUGGAAAAUGCUCGUCUCAUGUUAGAGAUUGAUAAUGCUAAACUGGCUGCUGAUGACUUCAGAAUCAAGUGGGAGACGGAGCUGGUGAUGUGUCAGUCUGUGGAGCGGGACUGUGUUGCUCUGAAAAAGGCCAAGACUGACCAUGAACAGAUCAUCGCCUCUCUGAGGGGAGACCUGGACAGCCUGAAAGAGGAGCUUUACUUCCUCAAGAAAAACCAUGAGGAAGAACUGGAGCAGAUGAAGUCUCGUAUUGCCAAAGAUGAGGUGAAUGUGGAGGUGGACUCUGGUCCCAGCGGGCCGGAGCUGGGCACCAUUCUGUCUGAUCUGCGUUCCCAGUAUGAGGGGAUUGUCAAGAAGAACAAGGAACAAGCAGAGCUGUGGUACCGCAAGAAGCUGGAGAUGGUGCAGAACGAGGUGAAGGAGAGCAACGAGGCUCUGAGAGGAGCUCAGAGCGAGCUGAUCGAGAGGCAGCGCUUCCUGCAGACCCUGGAGGUGGAGCUGGAGGGUCUGCACAAACAGAUAGCAGCGCUGGAAGGUAACCUGGGUGAGACGGGUCAAAAAUACUCUGCUGAGAUGGAGCGGCUGCAGGCCACCCUGAACCAGCUUGAGGACGACCUCUCCCAGCUCAGACUGGACAUGCAACGCACCAAGACCGAGUACGAGCAGCUCCUCCGCAUCAAGCAGAACCUAGAAAUGGAGAUCGCCACCUAUAGGCGCCUGCUGGAGGGAGAGGAAAUAGUCAAGGAAGUUCCUCCUCCACCAAAAAAGGAGCCUGAUGUUCGCACCAGGAAGAUUGUGAAGGUGGUGACUCAGACGAUGGUCAACGGCAAAGUGGUGGAUGAAUCCAGUGAGGUGGAGCAGAUCGAGGAGACCAAGAAAUAAAAAGGGGAAGGAGGAAGUGAAGAUAAAAGUUAAAAGAGAGAUAUAAAGAAGAAGAAAAAUAUUAGUGUCCUAUAUAACACAUGUGGAGCAUCAUUUAUUCUUGCAACAGAAAAAACAUUGUUUUGAAUAGAGAAUUUUUGGUGGGCAUCACUCGACUGCGAAUGUUUUGUGUUUUCAGAGAAAUGUUUUCCCACAGUUCACCUAUAAGUUACACUUUGAUCAAUUGUUUUUGGAGAAAAUGCCACAAACAUAUGCUUUAGUUAUGCGUGCUUAUACUAAUUUUGAAUACAGAUGUGUGUGUGUGUGUGUGUGUGUGUGUGUGUGUACGUGUGUGUUUGAGUGAGAGCAACUGACUAACCAUCUUCAUACUGUUAUACUAAUAUAAAGCUAUAGUUAAACAAGAUAUUUAUUUCUUAGUGUGGAAAAGUUUACCUUAGUAAAUGUAAUACAUACUUUAAUCCUUUUACAAGAAUAUCUUUUUCAACUGUUUUUGUGCUGUUUUUGUGUUUGUACUCUGUCUAAAUA